AUGGGAAAGCCAGCUAGGCUAGGCAGUGUGUGGCGCGCGUACGUACCGGCGCUAGGCAGAGGGGAGCGUCGUGUGUGUGCAGCUGUGCGGCGGCGCGACGCCUGCGGCUGUGGAGAGAGCGCGCGGCGCGAGCUUCUCAGCAGCCAGACGGGGUGCCUGUCCCUGUCCCACCGCGCGACGUCCUUUCGCCGCCGCCGCUCGUGGCAGACUGAGCCGGGCCGCGGAGGCGAGCCGGAGAGUCGCAACGCCGGCCCGCGCGCGGCGCUGCUGUCGCCCGCGCGGGCACCGCCAGCCAGACCAUCAUCUUGGGAUCCAGUGGGUACCACAGUUUCUAUAUGGUGGCAGGGCCUCAGGAAGGAAGAAGAGGAAAAAGAAGGGAGAGAGGGAGAGAAAGGACAGACUGUCUCAAACGCCGAGGCGGAGAACAGAGGAGGCAAGGAGCAGAAGGCAAGGAGCAGAAGGCAAGGAGCAGAAGGCAAGGAGCAGAAGGCAAGGAGCAGAAGGCAAGGAGCAGAAGGCAAGGAGCAGAAGGCAAGGAGCAGAAGGCAAGGAGCAGAAGGCAAGGAGCAGAAGGCAAGGAGCAGAAGGCAAGGAGCAGAAGGCAAGGAGCAGAAGGCAAGGAGCAGAAGGCAAGGAGCAGAAGGCAAGGAGCAGAAGGCAAGGAGCAGAAGGCAAGGAGCAGAAGGCAAGGAGCAGAAGGCAAGGAGCAGAAGGCAAGGAGCAGAAGGCAAGGAGCAGAAGGCAAGGAGCAGAAGGCAAGGAGCAGAAGGCAAGGAGCAGAAGGCAAGGAGCAGAAGGCAAGGAGCAGAAGGCAAGGAGCAGAAGGCAAGGAGCAGAAGGCAAGGAGCAGAAGGCAAGGAGCAGAAGGCAAGGAGCAGAAGGCAAGGAGCAGAAGGCAAGGAGCAGAAGGCAAGGAGCAGAAGGCAAGGAGCAGAAGGCAAGGAGCAGAAGGCAAGGAGCAGAAGGCAAGGAGCAGAAGGCAAGGAGCAGAAGGCAAGGAGCAGAAGGCAAGGAGCAGAAGGCAAGGAGCAGAAGGCAAGGAGCAGAAGGGCGCAAAAAUAA